AUGACAUAUACCGCUCCUAACCUAUUUCCUCGAUUAUUUAGACGAUUUUCUAAGAAAAAUCUAAUAAUUACUAGUCAAUUUAGUACCAAUAAGUCUUACAAAGUCCUUUUUUUUGGUUCGGAUUCUAUAGCUUUGCGCAGUUUGAGAAAAAUCAAUGAAUUCAGGAAAACGGAAAAAAUCAUAAAACAGCUGGACCUUGUUACGUCAAAUCAGUCGAAAAACAGAACAGAAAUAGAGAAGUACGCCGCUUCAGAAAGCCUAAAAAUCAUAACAUGGCCUCUCCACCAGUUAAAUACUCUCCAAUACGAUAUCGGCCUCAUUGUCGCCUUUGGACAUUUAAUCAAAGAUGACGUCUUAAAUAAGUUUCCUUUAGGUAUGGUGAAUGUCCAUCCAAGUCUCCUGCCGCGCUGGCGUGGUGCUGCCCCUAUCAUUCAUACACUUAUGCACGGUGAUGAAGAAACAGGAGUCACAUUGAUGAAGAUAAAACCAAACGUGUUUGAUGUAGGUGAAAUAAUCAGCCAAAGAAGAGUCCAAGUGCCCAAGGACAUUAAAUUACCAGAAUUAACAGAACAGCUGUCAGACCUUGGCGCUGACAUGUUAGUGGAGUGUAUGAGAGAAUUACCUCACAGCCUAACCAAUGCUCAACCUCAAAGUAGAGAUGGUGUUACAUAUGCAAAGAAAAUCAACAAAUCAAUUAGUGAAGUUAGAUGGUCAGAUAUGGAGGUGGUUCAAGUUUAUAAUCUUUAUAGAGCAAUUUAUGGACUGUACCCACUCACCACCACAUUUAAAAAUAGGCAAAUGAAACUAUUUGAUGCAUUUUUGCAUGAUAUGGCUGAAGAAAUAGAAAACAUCGUACCAGGUACUCUUCAAUAUUGUACAAGGACAAAUGCCAUAAAAGUUUUGUGUAAAGACAAAAGAUACAUUUAUUUUAAAUCUCUAAGAAUUGUAGGAAAAAGAGAAAUUACUGCAUUAGAUUUCUAUAAUGGCUAUAUAAAAAAUACUUCAUUAGAAAAACGAUGUUGUUUAGUUUGUUAAAUAUU